CCUCUAGCCCGGCGACAUGAGGAGGCUGCUCACGGUCUGGUGGCUCCUCUUCACCGGGGGAGCGCACCGGGCCACCGGGAGCCUGACCGGGGUACCGACCCGGAACCUCACCGGGAGCAUGACCGGGGUACCGACCGGGAGCCUGACCGGGGUACUGACCGGGAACCAGACCGGGACCCGGACCGCCCUCGGCCCCGGAGGAGGCCACCUCAGCAUCGGGGACGGGUCCUCGCAGGAGUUCGAGUUUCCUGAAAACACCGACGGGGUGAUCGUGAUCUCCAGCCGGUACCGGAGCCCCGGGGGCCGGGACGGGACCCUAACGGUCCGCUCCAUGGACCCGGAGGUCCUCCGCAUCCUGAACGUCACGUCCGGCGGCCAGGCGACCAGCUUCCUCAUCAGCAUCCGGUCCGGGAUCCCGGGCACGGCCCAGCUGCGGAUCCAGCUGCUGGACCUGGAACGGGACUCGGUGCCGGUCCUGGUGGAGGAGAGGACGGACUACUCCAUCCGGGUCUCGCCCGGGGCCGACGACCCGGCCAGCCGCCUGGUCCAGUCCGGGGGUCUGGCCCACUUCUCGGAGAACCCGGUGCUCUUCGCCCUGCUGCCCCUCAUCUUCGUCAACAAGUGCGCGUUCGGGUGCAAGGUGGAGGUGGGGGUGCUCCGGGGUCUGCUGCGGAGCCCCGCCCCCCUGCUGCUGGGGGUCCUGGGCCAGUUCCUGGUGAUGCCCCUGUACGCCUACACCGUGUCCCGGCUGGCCCAGCUGCCCCAGGCGCUGGCCCUGGGCCUGGUCAUCACCUGCUCGGCCCCCGGGGGAGGGGGGGGGUACCUGUACAGCCUGCUGCUGGGGGGGGACGUGACCCUCGCCAUCUCCAUGACCCUGGUGUCCACGGUGGUGGCGGCCGCAGCCAUGCCGCUCUCGGCGGCGCUGUACGGCCGGCUGCUGGGGGUCCACGCCGCCCUGCACGUGCCCUUCGUGAAGAUCCUGGGGACCCUCCUCUUCAUCGCCAUCCCCAUCUCGCUGGGCAUGCUGGUCAAGCUGCGGCUCCCGGCCCUCACGCGCGUGCUGCUGGCGCUCAUCCGGCCCUUCAGCUUCCUGCUCAUCAUCGGGGGGAUCUUCAUGGCCUACCAGAUGGGCGCGUCCAUCCUGGCCAACGUGCGGCCGCAGAUCGUGGCGGUGGGGGUCACCGUGCCCAUGCUGGGGCUGGUGGUCGGGGCGCUCAUGGCGAAGGUGGCGGGCCUGGCCACGCCCCAGAGGAAGACGGUCAGCAUCGAAGUGGGCGUCCAGAACAGCCUGCUGGCGCUCGCCGUCAUGCAGCUGUCCUUCCGCCGGGUGGAGGCGGACUUCGCGUCCCAGGCGCCGUUCAUCGUGGCGCUCAGCAGCACGUCGGAGAUGCUGCUCCUGGUGCUGGGGUACUACGCCCGGCAGAAGCUGUGUGGUGGCCCCCCGGACCCCGGGACCGACGCCUGAUUGUAGUUCUGGUUCUGAACUCUUUCCACAGAUGAACCCGUUCCCGCCGGUGGACAUUUGGCGUCCCUCAGCUUCGGCGCCAUGGCGACCAGCGACCAGCGGUCCCGGCGUCACUGUGGCUCCACGCAGCCGUGAACACAACUUUUCUGAUUCUUUUUGUCGUUUUCAUACUUUUCGUGAAAACCAAAGGCCUUUUACCCCCCCGAGACCUUUUUUUUGUGUUUAUUUUACACAAAGUACUUUUUAAAUCAGAUUAUACUGUGAGGUACUCAAUGUAAAUAUUCCUACAGAGAGAAAUACCUAUAAAAGAAAAGAUAUUUUUCUACCAGAUUACUUUUUGUAAUCAAAAAAGGCAAAAAAAAACAAACGGAUUUGUAUAUCAUGUUUACAAAAGGUCCAUGUGUCUUAGCCCGGGCGGGGGCGGGAUCGGGGGGGGAAGUGGAAUCGUGUAUGAAUCAAACAGGAACAUGACGAUGAUGAUGAUGAUGAUUUGAAAGUUUAUUUGUUUAUUAAUGAUUGUGUUUCCUGGAUUUCAAAAUCCAAGUACUUGAAUAUGCGAGAAAGGAACUGAAGAUAAAAUGGAAUAAAAAACCUUGUUGAAGCUGA